AUGAUGACUAAUAUAUUCUGGGCAGACGCAAGAUCAGUAUUAGAUUACGACUACUUUGGUGAUGUGAUAUGUUUUGACACAACCUACAAGACAAAUAGUUACGGCAGACCAUUUGCAGUUUUUGUUGGUGUCAACCAUCAUAAGCAAACAGUGGUGUUUGGAGCAGCAUUAUUGUAUGAUGAAACAAAAGAAACAUUUGAAUGGUUGUUUGAAACAUUCAAAAAAGCCAUGUUAGGGAAAGAACCAAAGACAAUAUUGACCGAUCAGUGUGCAGCCAUUAUCGGUGCCAUUGACACUGUUUUUGCUAACUCAAUACAUCGUCUAUGUGUGUGGCACAUGUAUCAGAAUGCUGCAAAACAUUUGAGCCAUGUUUUUCAAGGUUCCAAGACGUUUAAGAAAGAUUUUGGCAAGUGUGUUUUUUAUUUUGAAGAAGUUGAUGAAUUUAUAGCAGCUUGGAAUCAUAUGCUAAAGGUGUAUAAUUUGGAAGACAAUGAGUGGCUACAUAGAUUAUUCAAGAGCAAAGAGAAGUGGGCUUUGGUUUAUGGUCGGCAAACCUUCUGUGCAGAUAUGAUAUCUACACAAAGAAGUGAGAGUCUCAAUGCAAUAUUGAAGCGAUAUUUGCAUGUUCGCCUUGAUCUAUUAGACUUCUUCAAGCACUACGAGAGGGCAGUGGAUGACAGGAGGUAUGCUGAACUGGAUAGUGAUUUCUAUGCAAGUCAAACGUCUCCCAAAGUUCCACGUGUGCGGAUGCUGAUACAAACUUCGAAGGAAUAUACACCAGCUAUGUUUGAAAUAUUUAGAGGAGAAUACGACAUGGUGAUGGGAUGUUGUUUGUACAAUAGUGGUCAUAGUGACUCUACUUUAGAAUUCAAAGUUAGUAAUACAGACCACCCCCGAAGCCAUCAGUUUACGGUGAAAUUUGAUCCUAAUGGUUCAAAGGUUUCAUGUUCAUGCAAAAAGUUUGAAUUUGUGGGGGUAUUGUGCCGUCAUGCAUUGAAGGUGUUGGAUCACAACAAUAUCAAGGAAUUGGCACCGGAAUAUAUUUUGAAAAGAUGGACAAGACAUGCAAAAACUGGACCAUCGGAUGCAAUCCAAAGGUGUGUUAAUGAUGAAGAAACUAGAGUUGUGCUAGCUAGACGGUACGGAUCAUUAUGUCGUUCUUACAACAACAUCUUGAGUAAAGCAGCAGGAAACGAAGAGGCAUAUGCACUGCUACAAAUUGCUUCAAUAGAUCUAAUGGAAAAGGUGGACCAGAUCAUGCAUGUAAAUCAGUCAAAAGAUAUGUCACCUAAUUGUGAACAAGCAGAGAAGCAACCAGUUGAAUCCAACAAAAAAAAUGAAGUCCAAGUACAGGGAGUAAAGAGAAAAGAAGCAGGAAGUAGCAACAAGCGGAACAAAUCUGGACUUGAAGAGAAGAAGAAUAAAACAAAGAAAGGUAUGCUAUAGCAAAAAAGAAAGGUUAUAUACAUAUAUAAUGUUAAUUAAAUUAUUCUAAUGUUUUAUUUCCAAAUAGGCCAAGCAACAAUGUACAAGAAUGGUGAUUUUGCUUCUGCAUCAUCUGAAGCAAAUCCUAGGUUCAGCGUUCCACUGACCCACAAUAAUUUAGCAGUAUUCGAGCAUUGUAUGCCUCAACUACCGCAGGGCGGGAACUAUAAUUUUCAAGAACUACCGGGCGCUAUGCCUCAACUACCACAGGGUGGGAACUAUAAUUUUCAAGCACUACCGGGCGCUAUGCCUCAACUACCGCAGGGUGGGAACUAUAAUUUUCAAGCACUACCGGGCGGGAACUACAAUCUGCAAGUAUUGCAGCGUGCAAUGCCUCACCUACCUCAGGCGAAUGCUACUUUUCAGCGGUCACUUGGUUUGCAACCACAACAACCAUAUUUCUAUAAUAACACUCAACCAAGUCAGGGUUCAGGUUCUGCAGCGUUAUCAGACUUGGGAUGGAUACCAUAUCAAAAUGACGAGCUGCCAAGCAGGGUCUCCGGUAGCCAAUCAAGUCAUCAACAAGAUAAUCCUUUUUAAUUGGCUACAUCUGAAGUUUGCUUGCCAGUAUU